GAAAACAAUCGACUCAUAAGAGAGUUAUUGUUUGCGAAGAAAUUGAUUAAAUGUUUGGAAAAUAUAAUGCAUUUCGCGGUAAACAUGAAGACCACGUGUGGUUGCGAUCACAUCCGGACACUCAUCCACACCAAUGACCACCACUUCAACGACUAUCAACGGCUCAAACGCGAGGUCAGCGGCCGUUCCCGCGGUCAUUGUGUUAAUCCCGAAGAGAUGGCCACCGAUGGCACUGACGAUACUAUGGAUCAAACUUGUGGCACGAGUAGUGGUGACAAACCGGCCGUUGAAUUGUCUCUAAUUGAGGCCAUGAAGACUAAGAUGAGUGCAUUGACAGGUGCGGCAGCUGUGGUCAGCCCUAAGGUCACCGAUCGUAAGCCGUGUGACAUAACCGGUGCUCUUCUUCCGGCGCCCAUCACUUGCAACGAAUGUCAGACAGUGUUUGCCAAUUGUCUCGAUUUUGUGAAUCACACUUCUUUGGCCCCGAAGUUAACCAAAAAAUCCGGGACCAAAUCAUCACCAUCUCGUCCAUCAAAGCGGACAAAGAAAUCCAUCGGUUCCCGAAAAGUGAUCAAAACAGAGCCAACGAAGCCGUUUGAAAUGAUUAACAGCGACAGCGAAGAGAUACCGAUAUACCCGGUGAUGAACGGCUACCGGUGCGGCUACAAGGGCUGCACUUACACCGCGACGUAUCGCCGGUUCAUUGAGAUGCACUUCACUGUCCACUCGACGGCCACUCCCUUCUGGUGCGGUGUAAACGGUUGCGAAAUGUCUUUCAGGUCGGAACAGGCGCUCACUGGGCAUCAGUCGACCGCUCAUCCGAAUCCAUCCAAUCGACGGUGGAUUGUGUGCCACCGGACGGGCUGUCGAUUCCGGACCAAAUCGCGCGCCAAUUGGGUCGAGCAUAACAUCACACACCGGUCAUCGGAUCCACAGCCCGAGCGCUACACAUGCGACGUGUGUAACAAGAGCUACACCCGGUUGACAGUGCUGUCAGAGCACAUGAAACUGUCACAUACCGGCUCCGCUACUGCCACCGCUCCCACUUCCACCUCAGCCAUCACUACAACUAUAGAAUCCGUGGCUAUCGGUACGACUGCCGCCGCCGACAGUGGCGGCGAUCCCUAUCUAUGCGAACACUGUCCCCGAACUUACCGAUCGCUGGCCACGUUGAACACACACGUGCGCCGCGAACACCGGUACCCAUACGUGUGCGAUAGCGAGGGCUGUAUAUCGCGGUUCGAGUCCGACCACCUGCUGGACGAGCACAGGGCUCGAGUGCACGGCUCGGGCUAUACGGGCGGCGACAACGAGACAAACGGAGAACCAGUGGAAGAAACUAAUGAUAAUAAUAACCCCAUUGAUGACGAACUCACCGACGAGUCUCACGCGGUAUCGGCUGUCAAAGCGGUCGGAGAUCUGUUAGAGAUACCGAUCUUCACGCUGGCCACCGGUUUCGUGUGCGGUUACCCGGGCUGUGCCUAUUCGGCCCGACAACGGGGCGCCGUCACCGCCCACUUCGCCGUCCACCAGACAGAGCGGCCGUUCUCACCGGUAGACGUGCCGCAGAUGACGAUCGUUACGGUGGGCGGCGAGUGA